AGUGGAAACAAACAUUCAGCUUGAGUGCUACUUCAGUACCUUUGUUGGAACACCCUAUUGUAACAAUACAAUUCUACGAGAGAUGAAGUGGCUUAAUGAAGACAAAACAGAGGUAAUUGGAACAAGAUUUCAGACAGAUGAGGUAAAUGCUUGUUAUCAUAGACUGAUCAUCACACCCAAGAAGUCAGACCAUCACAGGAAAUGGACAUGUCAAGUAACUGACAUUAAUGGCAUGAAAACCAGCUACAGUUACACCACAUCAAUUCCAGUUGGUAUUGAGGAAGUGUUUGCUGUGGUUGGUGAGUCAGUGUCACUUCGCUGUGACAAUGCAUCCUCUCUGGUUAAGGGUGGCAGUCCAUGGUGGAGAAGGAUAAGUGAACAAGAAAGUUCAUUGGUCCGUCUAUCUGAAUCAGAGACUGUUACAGCAGGCUCAAGGAGGGAGAUACCUGAAACCCAUAUGAACCGUGAUUCCUCCUUAGUCAUCAACAAAGUGAGACCACUGCAUUCUGGGUAUUACACAUGUUCACUCCUCAAUGUAUCCCUCAACAGAAUCAAACUACACACUUUAGAGGUAACUGCAGAGUGGGCUUCUCCAGGUAGAAAAAACCUCACCUUGACCUGUUUGCUCAUGUGUGGGGGAGCAUGUGGACAAGACCUCAAUUUAACUUGGGCACCCAGUAGCCCAGAUGCGAAGCUGAGAACAAGAAAAGACCAUGAAACCCUGGUGUCUACAUUCUUCCUGCCAGAUCCGAACAGCAUUGAGACAGCCUUCUGUUCUGUGUACAGAGAAGGGGUCAAAAUGGCGACGAAAAAGUGGCCAGUUCAAGAGAAUCGAACAGGGAUUUUGGUUGCAUGGUUAGUCCCUCUUCUGAUCUUACUGCUGUGCCUGGUUGGAGGGAGUGUCUACUAUUUGAGGAAGAAGUUCAGGAGAGAUACAGAGGAAGCACAGGGAUCUAUUGGAAUGACCACCCAUGUAUAUGAAGUUGUUCACGACGGACUACCACCCAAUUCACAGCAACCAAGAAGAGAAGCAAACAGUACAGAUAACAAUUCUUGUUUAUAUGAUGUUUUACAAGCUGUGAACUGAAUGUCAUAUUAUGUCUUAUACAGAUAUUGCAUAAAGUGAUUAAAUAUCAUUAACCAGAACCCAGGUAAUCACAUUUAUAAAAACUGGACAACAAUGAAAUUGUUUAAAAUUAAAACUUUCAAAUAUUUUAGAAAGAAAUACACAUUGGCACACUUUCUACACUUGAGAUUACACUUUGGAAAGAAAGUCUUGGAACACUCAUCGUAACAUGUCAAAGAAAAGCAGAAGUGCAGUUCAUCCUUUUCACUCGUAUAUAACUGCAGAAAAAAAGAUGAAUCGAGAUUACGUUUACUCAUAAAAGAAUGAUCAA